CUCGCGCUCCUGCACGAGAGUGAACCCCAGUGAAGUUGGUUGAUGGUCUAAGUCUCUAAGACGACGGCGGUGGUUGGUGAUGUUGAUGUUGAUGGCGUUGAUGAUGAUGAUGAUGCGUAUCGCUGUUCUCGUCGCCUCCUUUCACGUCGCCAGAGGCCAAGGCCACGCUGCAGGAGGAGCUGGUGAGCUGUGGGACGAGCUGGCGCUGUGGCUGGGCUCUGAGAGGCACCUAAGCUUCUGCCUCUGCUCCGUGCUGCUCGCCACCCUGGUGCUGUGUGCCGUGGUGCGGCACGUACAGAGGAAGCCGCAGGACACCGGCCCUUCGCCUGAGGCCACCGUCUCACCGAAAGUGACCGCCGUGGGGAACGGCCACAUCACCACGGGUGGUCCAGGUCCCCAGAGCGGGCCUGUCCACAUCUACUUUGGCUCUCAAACAGGCACAGCCAAGAGGCUUGCAAGGCUGUUGGCUGAGGAGCUCGCCCGCCUGGGAUUCUCGAGUUCCGUCAGCGACCUGCGGAGCUUCGACCCCGAGGACAGCCUGCUGGAAGAGGCCGCUGGCGUUGCCGUGUGCGUGUUCGUGGUGUCGACGUACAGCGGGGGGGCGCCCCCCGAACCCGCCGCCUGGUUCUGCAAGUGGCUCGAAGAGGCGGCGAGCGACUUCCGGUACGGCAAGACGCACCUGCGGGGAGUCCGCUACGCCGUGUUCGGCCUCGGAGACUCCGUCUACGAGGAGCACUACAACACGGUCGGCAAGAACGUGGACAAGUGGCUGUGGCAGCUGGGGGCUCGGCGCGUGCUGCCCCGUGGCGACGGCGACUUCAACGUGGUGCGCAGCCGGCACGGCAGCGCCGACGCCGACUUCGAGGCGUGGAAGGGCCACCUCGUGUGCCGCCUGCGGGCCUUGGCCGAGCCGGGCACCGCCGCGGGGGCUGGGGUCGGCGGUCAGCAGCGUCGGCGCUCGGACAGCGAGGGAUCCUGUCGCGACGAGGCCUCCGAGGAGUUUGAGACAACGAGCGAGGAGGAAGGGGGGACCGCGGACGCCGCUGACAUCGUCGACGUGGAAGACCUCGGGAGAGUUGUGACGGAGGCCAGGAGGUCCCAGGCAGGUGGAGCGGGCAGCGUCGGGGUCGUCGCGAGCACGAGGAGGAGGAGGGCGGCCGCGGGCAAGGGAAGGGCGACUUCCACGGAGGAGCCGCGAGAGAUGAUCACCCCCGCACUGCGGGAAGCUCUCACCAAGCAAGGAUACCGCCUCAUCGGGACACAUUCGGGCGUCAAGCUCUGUCGCUGGACCAAGUCCAUGCUGCGGGGCCGUGGUGGCUGCUACAAGCACGCCUUCUACGGCAUCGAGAGCCACCGGUGCAUGGAAGCCACGCCAAGCCUGGCCUGCGCCAACAAGUGCAUCUUCUGCUGGCGGCACCACACGAACCCCGUAGGGACGGAGUGGCGCUGGAAGAUGGAUCCGCCCGAGCUCAUUCUGCAGGAGGCGCUGGAGAACCACAUGGCCAUGAUCCGCCAGUUCAAAGGCGUGCCGGGCGUGAGGCCGGAGCGCUUUCAGGAGGGGCUGGCGGCGCAGCACUGUGCCCUCUCUCUCGUGGGCGAGCCCAUCAUGUACCCCGAGAUCAACCGCUUCCUGCGGCUGCUGCACCGCCGCGGACUCUCCUCCUUCGUCGUCACCAACGCGCAGUUCCCCGACGAGAUCCGGACACUGGAGCCGGUGACACAGUUGUACGUGAGCGUGGACGCUAGCACGCGCGAGAGCCUGCGCAGGAUCGAUCGCCCGCUCUUCAAGGACUUUUGGGCACGCUUCCUGGACAGCUUGAGGGCCCUGUCCGAAAAGGGCCAGCGCACUGUGUACCGCCUUACGCUGGUGAAGGCGUGGAACGUGGAGGAGGUCACCGCGUACGCCAACCUGGUUGCUCUCGGAAAUCCCGAUUUCAUCGAGGUCAAGGGCGUGACGUACUGCGGUGAGAGCUCGGCCAGCAGCCUGACGAUGGCGAAUGUGCCCUGGCACGAGGAGGUGGUGGGCUUCGUGCAGCAGCUGGCCACGAUGCUGCCCGACUACGAGCUGGCGUGCGAGCACGAGCACUCCAACUGCCUCCUACUGGCGCACAAGCGGUUCAAGCGCCACGGCGAGUGGUGGACGUGGAUCAACUACACGCGCUUCCAGGAGCUGGCGCGCGCGCACGCCGAGAGCGGGGGCGCCGCCUCCUUCACGGCGGACGACUACGCGGCGCGCACCCCGCGCUGGGCGCUCUUCGGCUCCAGGGAGCAGGGCUUCGACCCGGCCGACACGCGAUUCCUGCGCAAGAACCGCCCCAAGGAUAUCUCCGGCUGCUGAGCUCGGGGAGGGAGGGGGGCGGCGCGGGCCGCCACCCUCCCGUGAGGGUGUCCAACUCUGGGUGGGCACAGCACCCCCACGUGGUUCUUGAAGGGGGGGGGGGCAGCAGGAGGAGGAUCGGGACGAGUUGAGCGAGGAGAGGUUCCGAAGGUGAGGAGGUUCCCGAGUGACCUUCACGGAAGUGACGACGUACCUAGGGUGUCGGCGAGUUACACUGCCAAGGCUUAGCCUCUUCGUUCGUUUUUUAUCUUUCUGCUCAGUGGUGAUUUUAAUGGUUUGUUACAUUGUUGUUGUUGUUUUUUUAAAUGGUCGUAAUGUUGUAAUGCAGUAUGAUGUGUGAGUGCAAGGAUAUACUCUUAAAUUGAUUGAAGGGUUUCCCAAAUCAACAACUACACGCAGCCGUACCACAGACACACUCAAUCCCACUCAGCUACCUACAGACCCGCUUCACUACCGACACUUAACAACCCACAGACUCACUCAACUACCCACAGACCUACUUGAGAACCAUAUAUAAACCAACUCAUCUAACCAGCCAUCUACUCACCCACCAAUCCAAUCAUUGUCUCGCCUAAACACCCAACCAUUUACCUUUGCACCCAGCCACCUACCUCGCUAUUUACAAGCGUCAGUCAAGUGUUGCGAAUUUGUUACAAAAAUACGGUCAUAUUAAUGCAACAUUAAGGCAGUUUUUGUGCUGCAGUACAAAUUGUUUUUUUUUACGACAAAGUGCCGAAAUUGUUACUGUGAGCAAAUGCUGUGAGACCGCGCACUUUCGUCUUUCAAUCCUCAAAUGUUAUUGUCCAUCGCUCAAGUACGCGACACAUAACUCCCAACAGGAGAGCCCUGAUGCAGAGAAUGUUUUUGUUAAAAUAUUUGUUAUACAUAUUACAUUUGGCGCUGACGGCAUGCAUCCGAGUUCAUCUCCAUCGGUGUCAGUGGGCUGUGCCAAGUCAGGCUGUCCGGCGCAAGUAUUGGGAAGGGCAUCGCGAGCUGGGGGAGUGUAGUUAGUGGUGGUGGUGAUGGAGGACGUGGUGAUGGAGGUGGAGGUGAUGCGGUUUGACCGAUUGUAGUGCAAGCGACACCGGGUGGUGUGGUGGUGGUGGGGGGUCCAGGAUGUGGUGGUGGGAAGGGUACGUCUCUCCGAACGUUGCCUGGCUUCAUACAACAUCUGCUGGGCAUGGGGAGAGAGAGGUUGGAGGAGGAGGAGGGGGGGGUUGUUGGUUUGUCAGACAGCCGCAGAGCAAAGAUCGCACUCCGACAUCCCUUGCACGCUAUUCUACCCCUCCCUCCACCCCCUGCCACCUCCACAAACAAAGAAAAAGACCCCCCCCCCCCCCCGUGUAGCCUUAGACUGUUGGGGCAAGUGCUGUUAGCGAGCAGCACUUAUGAAGGCCACCGCAACCCAC